AUGGCCUUCGAUUGGUUCAGGCUUCGGACAGCGACCAAGCUCCCGGGGAGUUACCACAGCUCAUUUUGGGACACUCUCCUUUUCCAGGCCACUGUAGGUGAAAAGGCCGUGUGGCACACUGCACUUGCUCUAGGGGCAUUCCAUCGGACCAGGAUCCUUCAGGCUGAGGACUGUAUUGAGUCCUCCAUUGACUAUCUCCCCACCAAAGAGAGCAAAUUCAUGCUACAGCAUUAUAUCUCAGCCAUCAGCGAAUUGCGUCGCCUUCUCUCCAACAAAGACAAAGCUUCAUACCGCGUAGCACUUGUCAUUUGCAUCAUGUUCACCACACUAGACUUCCUCCGGGGUCAUCUCAAGGCUGCACAGAUGCAUCUCCGAAACGGAUUGAAAGUCCUGGGAGAGCUCCAAGGGUGUUCCUCUCGCGUUAAACCAGGAGCCACUAGCCCUUUAACGCAUAGCACUGGUCAAGAAGAUGGCUGGAUUUCUGAAGCAUAUUCGAGGCUACAUCUGCAAAUGCAGUUAUGGAAGCCAAUUGCAGAGAAACCAUUGUUCUCGCUAUCGGAUAACUUGCUCUCAAUACCUACAAGAUUCCAAACAUUACCUAAGGCGUGGCAAGGAUGGGAAGGGAUAAUGAACCAAAUACUCAAGCUCACAGAAGAAGCACGCUUGCAAACACAAACCUUGCCCAGCUUGAUUGAACAGCGCGAGUGCAUCCGAUCAGCCCUUGAUCAGUGGCUCAAAAGCUACCAAAGUUCAGACCUCGGCUUACUACCAGUAAGUGCCGAGAAAGCUGACGCGCUCAUUCGUGCCUACCACUCAAUGGCAACGGUCAUGGUCGAGGUGUGCUUAAAUCCUGGCGAUGAGAUGAUCUAUGACUCUCAAACGAGUCGGUUCCUCGACAUGCUCAGCCACCUGCUACGCUUGCUUUCGGGGCACGGUGCUCAUACUAUCUACGGACUGUCGGAAGCUUCUUCAAGCAGAAGCAAGUUCGAAUGGUCCAUUGUCGACUUUGGCAACAUCCAGGCACUCUACUACAUGGCGGUCAAGUGCCGCGUACACAGAAUUCGGCUGCAAGCUAUCCGUUUGUUGGAGCUCUGCUCUCACCGGGAAGGGAUCUGGGAUUCUAAGGCGGCAGGUUGUGUUGCCAGGAAAGUAAUGGAUUUGGAAGAACAGAGAAGUUGCUACAGCGAUUUGGAUGAAGAUUUCCCUAUUCUUGGGUAUCCUGAUGUCUCUGAGAUAAGCGAGCCAAAUAUUCCUAUCUCUCGACGAAUAUGUGAUGCCGAAAUUGAGAUGGAAGGCUCACCAAUGAACACAAUCCUUCUAUUCGGCCAUGAGUCUGGUAAAAGGGUGGUCAUCUCAAGAUAUGAUUGUGUCUCUAUGGAAUGGGAGGAUAGUCAAGUAUAUAGCGGGCGAUCCGAACGGACGCUGAUACAUGGGGAGCCCUGGCACUCUAUCCCUUUCCGUCAUAUUUGA